UAUUGCAGGUUGGAGGAGGACGUUGAUGGCUCACAAGAGUGAAAGAGGAGCCUCAGGCCGCUCCAGAUCCAGGAGAGCUGCUUCCACUCAGACGGCUGGUCUGGAGGUUUGGAGACUCAGUUCUGAUGAUUUAGCUCCUCUGUCUUCUGAGUUUUCUGGUUCUGUGUUCACAGGUCAGGAUCACAGGAAGAGGAAGAGGCAGAGCGGCAGCCACCAGAGCCCAGAUGGUGGAUUGUCAGGCCGCUCCAGAUCCAGUCAGACGGAUUCUUCACCGGUCAUCAUGUCCACAUCAUCUUGGUCCCUCUCCGAGGACAUUGUAGAGAGGCGGAGAGGCGGAGAGUCGAGUCUUAGCAGCAGAGGGACGUACAUCGUUGAGUGGAGGCGGAGUGGCGACGGAUCGGACGUUCCAAGUGAACAGGACAGUUGUGGCAACUGGAGUUUGUCCAGGUCUGACAGCCUCCGAGAUAUGAUGUGUCCUCCGCUGCCAGGUCAAGUUCCUGUGGAGCCAACAGUGACUUCCAAUGGCCUAACAGCUCAGGGUGUCGUGGAGGCGUCUCCUGCGAACAAGAGCUCAACAGAAAAACCUACAGAAUAUAGGGAGAGGAAAGGAAUUUGUAGUUUCCUCAGGAGCGUGUGGAAGGCUCUGAAACAUCAUUUCGGCUGCUGUUGUCACAGCAGUGCUGUGGAUGUUGUGGAGCCUUUCGUCCCUCCACCAGAUCUGGACCCAGAGCCUGAUCCAGAUCACUCAGCCGUCAAGCCAAAUAACGAGUCCUUUGCGUCUCUCUUCAAGGUAGGAAAGAUGAUUGGAUCCGGGGGAUUUGGCAGGGUGUACGAGGGAAAACGGAAAUUUGAGGGCAAAAAGGUUGCCAUCAAGCAGAUCAGCAAGAUUGACAACAAUUGUUAUCUUGAUAUUCCUGGGCAUCCCGAACCUCUCGUAACAGAAGUGGCGCUGCUGCUAAUGAUGAGGCAAGAACCCAGAAGCCCCUACGUCAUACAGCUGUACGAGUGGUUUGAACACCCUCGAAAAUUCACUCUCGUCAUGGAGUACCCCGAACCUUGCGAGAGCUUGCUGGACUUCAUCAUUCGUAACCCUGAACUGAAUGAACCAACGGCACGGAUCAUCAUGAGACAGGCUGUGCUGGCGGUACAACACUGCAUCGAACAUGGCGUUUUUCAUAAUGACGUUCAUGCGGAAAACUUCCUGAUGAAGAAAAACACGUUAGAGCUCAAGCUGAUAGACUUUGGCUGCGGUCAGCUACUUAGUAGUGACGGCUACGAGAGCAGAAUAUACCUUGGUGAGCAUUUUGGCAGUGUGGAAACCUGA